AUGUGUAGUUGCAUAUGGAGAUGCAUCUAUUUCUGUGACGAUGAAGUCAAGAGCCCCAAUUCUGGUGAAGAUGAAAACACACAUAAUGCUGCUUCUGAGGAUGCCUCCAACGUUGAUAAGGGCAAUGCCAAUACCGCGAACGCUGGCGCCCUAAAAACCGAUACGAUUAUUGACAAUAGUAUCACUAAUGGUACUGAUACUGUGUUUUCUGUUGUCACAGAUUAUGCAUUCACCGCACAAAAAGAAAGAGUUUUACAAAAGAAACAAAGGAUGUUUACCAUUUAUAAUCCAGUCACCUAUUUGACAACGCCUCACAAAUCAAAGAUAAAAGGCGUUUGUGCUAUAGGAAUGAAGUCUUUAGAAAACAACACCGACUUUAAUGAUGCGGAAGAAAUGAUGGAAUACAGGUUGAAUACAGUUAGCCAAGCUGAAUUCAAAUCACUAAAAGAAUCUCCUAAAGCCAUUAAGAUCAUCGAAAAGUGUCUUGGCAGUGAUAUCGAUAGCUUACCUUGUGUUGCUUGGAGUUACCCAAUACAUAGUAGCUCUAUUGGGUUGACAGAGAAAUUUGCAAGAAUUGUAGCUCUGUCAUUCACGGAUUUUACUUCCAAUUACAAGCAACAUCCUCGACUAAUUGGAAAUCGCGAAAGAAGUGACAACAAUUGA